AUGGCUCAACGCCAACACGUUCAAUUGCCUUCAAACGAGGCUAGAAUUGAGAUGGCUAAAUUGGCUAUUGAACAAGGUCAGUUUCAAUCAAAUCGGGCUGCUGCAGCUAGCUUCAAUGUCAACAAAGAUACGCUCCGCAACCGCCGUAAUGGAAUACCUUCCCGACGUGAUUGUGUCCCCAAUUCGAAAAAGCUGUCAAGCACAGAAGAGAAGGUGAUAAUAGACCAUGCCAUUGAUGUUGAUGAGCGCGGGUUUCAACUCAAUUACCACAUGUUGCGAGAUAUCGCCAACAAGCUACUCGGCGAUCGCGGUCAGCCCAAUGUUGGGAAAAAUUGGCCUUCAAGGUUCAUUCAACGCGUUCCGGAGCUCAAAACACGCGUCAAUCGAGCUUACGACUACAAAAGAGCCCUUAAUGAAGACCCAGAGACUAUUAGUGCGUGGUUUCACCUUGUGCAGAAUAUAAGGGCAAAAUACGGCAUCCUCGACGAAGAUACAUACAACUUCGACGAAGCUGGCUUUCGAAUGGGCAUGAUCGGGACACGCAUGGUCAUUACAGGUACUGAACGACGUCAAACACCAAAAACGGUGCAGCCAGGCAAUACAGAAUGGGUGACAACGAUUGUCGCUGCUAAUGCGCAAGGAUGGGCCAUCCCACCCUUUAUCAUUUUGAAAGGCGCUCAACACUAUAACACCUGGCAUGACGCAAUUGCGGAUAGGCCUAACUGGAUCCUGUCAGUUAGCGAGAAGGGCUGGACGUCCCUUAAGCAUGGAUUUGAGUGGUUAAAACACUUCAAUCGCUUUACAGAAGGCCGCAUAACUGGCGCCUAUCGGCUGUUGGUUAUGGAUGGCCAUGACAGCCACAAUACUCUCGAGUUUCUGGAAUUUUGCAAGGACCACAAGAUUAUUACUCUUUGUAUGCCUCCACAUUCAUCCCAUUUGCUACAACCUCUAGAUGUUGGCUGUUUUGGGCCGUUGAAGCGGGCCUACGGCAAGGAGAUUGAGGACCUCAUUCGGUGUCGCAUUAAUCACGUCGAAAAAGAGGACUUUCUACCUGCAUUUCAGGCCGCGUUCGAUAAAGCAAUCACUCCAAGUAAUAUCCAAGGAGCCUUUAGAGGUGCAGGAUUAGUUCCCUUCGAUCCAGAGGCGGUUAUUUCAAAGCUUGAUAUUCGAUUACGGACCCCAACGCCACGACUUCCAGAGACGUCGCAAUGGGAGUCACAAACACCCCAUAACGUUGCUGAAAUAGGAUCCCAAACGGAGUACAUACGACGGCGCAUCCAAAGGCAUCAAAAUAGCUCCCCAACAUCGCUUUUGGAAAGCUUUACAAGCCUAGAAAAAGGUGUCCAAUUCAUUGCGCACGGGGCCUCAAUCAUGGAGGUUGAGAUGGCAAGGCUUCGGAAGGCAAACAAGAUGCUAUCAAAGCGCAAACAACGAAGAAGGAAGGUCCUUAAAGGCGCUAAUACGUUAUCAAUCGCUGACGGGCUUCAAACCACUGCGCAGCAUCGGAAUCAGGGUGCAAUUGAACAAAGUGUUGAAGGUCUUCCUCAGAGGCCACGACGUUGCGGACACUGCCGGGAGCCAGGACAUCGAAUUGAGACUUGUGCAAAACGUCGAAUGGCUGCACCAGGAAACGUAGAUCCUAGCCUUCUUUCUAAUUUAUAA